CAGAGAUCAGAUGUAGAAAUGUGUAGCUCGGGGCGAGGGUGCGCCGCCCUGCUACUGAUACAUACUAAAUACAGCUGUAAAGCGAAUACAAAUGUAUUAGUUUUAAGCAUUUAGGCUUUAGACUUUAGGAACGGGACUAUACACGUUUUACCUGUAGAAAAAUAACAACUUUUAAUCAUGUGCGGAGGAAGAGCGCAGAUCGACGAUGAAUUCAGCUUUGUUAGUCCGGUCGUCAAGUAUUUACUGUUCUUUUUUAACACACUAUUCUGGAUUAUCUCACUGGUGCUGAUUUCUAUUGGUGUGUAUGCCAGGGUCAUUAAACAUGAGACAGCUAUAGCCUAUUUGACAGUGGACCCCACAAUUAUUCUGAUGGCUGUUGGAGUUUUCAUGUUUUUCAUCACGUUUUGUGGCUGUGUUGGAUCACUCAGAGAGAACAUCUGCCUUUUGCAGACGUUCUGCAUCUGCUUGACUGUGAUCUUUAUACUGCAGCUUCUUGCUGGAAUUUUAGGUUUUAUCUUCUCAGACAAGGUCCGCUAUAAAGUGACGGAUAUCAUUAACAACGCAAUUGUCCACUACAGAAAUGACCUGGACCUCCAAAACCUGAUUGACUUUGGACAAAAAGAGUUUACCUGCUGUGGUGGUGUUUCUUUUAUGGACUGGUCAAAUAACAUGUAUUUCAACUGCUCUGAUGAGAACCCAAGCCAUGAGCGCUGUUCUGUGCCCUUCUCCUGCUGUGUGGUCUCUAAGGAGGAGCGUCUUAUAAAUACAAUGUGUGGAUAUAAUAUGCAGAAGUCUGAUCCUAUGAAAGCUAGUUCUGUUAUUAACACUAACGGUUGCAUUGACACGCUCGUCAACUGGCUUCACAGUAACCUGUUUCUUCUAGGAGGCAUCGCACUGGGGCUUGCCAUUCCUCAGUUAGUGGGGAUUGUGCUCUCUCAGGUCCUGAUAAACCAGAUCCGGGAUCAGAUUAAAAUGCAGAACUACGACCUGCAGCACCACUCAGAUCCGUGGAGCUGAGCCUCAGAAAACCACUCAAGACUUAUCAAACAGCACUAAGCUGCUGCUUCACCAAACUCUCAGUGCCUUUUAUAUGACAUACAUCUAUUAUAUUUCUUAGUGACAGACUGUCCAGAUGUUAAAUGAGAAGAUUAUGUCUCUAGGGUGGCCAUAGCAUGUUACAAAGUGGAUUAUUUAAACAUUUUUAAGCUUUUGAGCUUUAUGGUGACAAAUGUGUUUAGGGUGUGUUUAAAGCUGUGUUAAAAUUUGAUAAUGCUUUGCAUCAUAGACUGUUUACAGUACAAGUUUAAAUGUAAGUUAAUGUAAAUCAAUUUAAAAAUGUUUACUGAGGGUUUUGCAUUAAUGACCAAAAAUAAAAAUGGACAGUGAAUAAAUUAAUUUUUAGAUCAAAUUUUAUUUUUAAUAAAGCCCUAUAUUUUAUAACACGUUAUCAAAACAGUUUAACUGACAUUAAUUCUGCAUACAUUUUACAUAAAUUCUGAUUAGUAUUAAAGUACCACCUAGAAAAUGUGAUCUAAUUUGAAAUCUAAAUUUGUGUUAAUUAAUUGUUUUGGAUUUACCCAUUAUAAAGUCAUGUCACACAUAAGGAAAACAGCAAACCUAUAUUAUUUUAUCUGUAGUGUCCAAAUACCCAGUGAGAGAAAUGGCCACUUCAUAAUGAAUGUAGUCUUUUAAGUAUCAGGCUGUGUGACCACGCUGUAAUAUGUAGAGCUGUGAAAAAGUUUUGGCCCUUCUUGAUUUGUGCAAUUUUUGCAUACUUGUCACACUUGACAUUUUCAGAUAUUCAAAAAAAAAAAGUUUACGUACAACAAGAACAACCUUAGUAAACACAAAAUACAGUUUUUUAAACAGUGAAGAAAAAGGUUAUCCAACACUGACCGGCUCUGUGUGUAAAAGUAAAUGAAUUCUUAGUUGUUUAAUAAACCAGUUAACCAAAAAUUUAUUUAAAAUUGGGUUUUGACUAGACAUACUUAAGCUUACUGCCAGCCUUGUUGAAUCUAUACAUCACUUUAAUUCAACCUUUGCUCAUUUACCACAGACAAGACCAAUGUUUAUGAUUCCAAAAAGAUCAUACAAACAUUGAAAUAUAAUGGUGAAAGUGUGUUAAUGUGAGAAUGCUUUGCUGCUGUUUCAUAGCCUGCCAUGAUUACUGGUGUCAUGAAUUAUGCUCUCUACCAAAAAAUCCUAAAUCAUAAUACUCAGACAUUAGUUUGUCAUCAGUUGUUAAUGCUCAAAAAUUAUCACUUAAAAUAACUGUCUUUUGCUAAAUUUUGUAUAAUAAUCUGAAACAAUUUAGAGCAGGGGUGUCAAACUCACGGCCCGCGGGCCACAUCCGGCCCGCCGCGUCAUUUGAUCCGGCUUAAGCGACUGUAUGAUUGUUGUUAUGGUUCAAGUCGUUACAGAGACGCGCUUAUAAUUUAAUGCGCUCCUGCGCCUUUAAAUUCAACUGUUGACAUCGUAGUCAUGGCAACUAACUUUGACCUCGCUGAGUAGCCAUGUGACUUCUACUGCAGAAGAACACGGGGUAGCGUAGUCAAUAACGUAAACAAUAAUAAAUAAAUACAAAUAAUUAUCUUGCAGUAUAAUACAAAAGCAUCGUCUGAAAGUAGUGGCGUUUAUAUUCUCAGUUGUUUGUAAAUGUUUAGUGAGUAUAUCACAGCGCUUUAGUUACAAACUCGUUAGCGCUAUUUUACGUUUGGUUAAAGCUCAUAUUGUACCAGAUGUAACACUUGACUACAGCUGUGUGCUUUUACUGUAUUAAGUUCUUUAUUGUUUUUAUUGUUUGUAUUUUUACUUCAUUUUGAUGCACACAGUGUAUCACACAGCUGGGAAGCAAAUAAACCGACUGUAUUCUGAAGGGA